UUUGCCGGCGGUGCGGAUGUUGCCGCCACGUUCCAUGAUCAUGAAUACGAGUACUGGGAUGUCAGCGGCGUGCGACUGAAGACGAUCGGCUGAAGUCCUACGGUCCCUGAAUGCAGCAGUGACGAGGAACAAACAUGGCGGACGCGCUCUCUGACAGCGAAGUAUCCGUGGCGAAGCCGGUGCCCAAACGCCGCCGCAUCCUCGACCCGUCAGCCAUCGUCCCCGUGCCUGUCUACUCCAACAAGGUCAACAGCAGUCUGAGUCUGAAGGCGGAGCUUCCUGCCUUGACAGGAAAAGACGAUGACGACGACGGCGGCGGCGGCGGUGGGGACGGUCUGUGGUUGGAGAUGUGGGGUGGAGCAACGAGAGGGGCCGCCAUCGUGCUCAGUGACUCCGAGGAGGAACAGGAAGUGCAACUGGUGGACGACAGCAGAGACAAGCCAGGGUCCCGCUCGCUGUCUCCUCCCCCUCCCCCAGCAGAGAUUCCCGUGCAAAAGCAAUCCAGAAAUAUCCAGAAGAAGAUCAAUGAAGUGGACAGGAAGCUGCGGGCCAUCAACGCCGCCCUCUCGCCCGAGGGGCGGGACGUGGGGCUCAGACGGCGGCGGCGUGGCAUUCCCGAGGAAGACCAGGACGAUGUGGUGAUCGUGGAGGCGGAGCCACGUGAUGGGCGGGCACAGGAAUGGCGUCUGAAGGUGCGAUGUCGCACGGACGUCUACAAGCUUCCUGUGCUGUCGACGACGUGUGUGGGCGAGGUCGCCAGCCAGCUGUCGGCCAUCCUUCAGGUGCCCAGGCACCGCCUGCUGCUGCUGAGGGAGGAGGCGGAGCUUCCCGGCCACGCCAGCCUCGGCGAGCUGGGCCUCGGCAUCGCCGACAUCUUGGGUAGGUCAUGUGACACGCCGCCUCCGCCACCAGUGUUGCUACGAGGGCUGGACUGUCGCUGGCUUUGCAGAGUGUGUUGUCAUGGCGACGGAGCAGCGCGGCGGCAUCACGGAGGAGGAGCUCGGCUCCGUCUUUUCGCAGUACGUGUCAUCGAUGCCCGCCGGCGCUGCCAAAAAGGUGGAGUUUCACUUUGAUGGCCGCAGGGUGACGGCCAAUCAGACGCCUGCACAGCUGGACAUGGAGGACGGCGACAUCAUUGAGGUGUGGAUGUGAAGCUGGUCAAAAGAAAAGCCCAAAUGAAUGAUAAAUGAUAAUGAAAUAACUUGACUUUUAAAUGCCGUAGAAAGAAAGGAAAACGCCAUUUGUCAUUUUCCUUCCCAUUUAAGAGAAUAAAUCAUUUGCUGU